CCCCUAAUAAUAUGUUUGUAUUGAAAAGUAUGUGUUUAGUGAACGUAAUUGUUGUUUAAGUAGUUUGUUAUAGUAAUGGCCACCACUUCGCAGUUGAUUUUCGACUCUUUGGGUGUUCCGACUCUUGAUAAUCAAACUGUUUUAGCGGUUCAGCAACUCUUCAAUGAUACAAAUACAUCAAACAUUACAAAUAUCGAAGAUGAUGACGAAGAGGAUGUGUUUCAAUGCGGAAAAUGUAAAAAACAGUUUUCAGCUCUUAAUUCGUUUGUUAACCACAAGAAAGAAUGCGGUCGUAAAGCAAAUAAUAGAAAUGAUAGCCAUUUGUUACAAAAUAAUUUGAAAUCGACUAAUACCUCAUCUUUAAGCUCUCAAUUAACACUUCCCACAUCACCAAUAUUACCAACUAUUGCCAGUGGAGUUAUCUUAAGUGAUUCGGAUUUAUUGUCGUUAACCACAAGUCUUGACCAUAACAUAGGAAACAUUUCUACAAUAAGUCCGUCAGCACUGGGAGACAGCUCUUUGGGAACUAAUGAUGGAAACGAUGCCUUCUCUAAUGUUUUGUCAGGAAUUAACACUAAUAAUAGUAAUAACAUUCAGACAUUGACACCGACAUCACAAACCCUUGGUUUACCCGUUUCUUUACUUAACAAUUUGGUUUCAUCACCAUUCUUGGUUCAAACGACGACAAAUUCAAAUACAUUAAACACUUCAUCAGUGACUUUGUCUUCAAAUUUUGUAGUUAACUCUAUACCCAUAACAGUGAUCGCAACUUCAACGGGCACUCCAAUAACACCGACAGUCACUCAAUCAAAAUUAACUUUCGGUCAAAUAAACAAUUUAACUAACAUUAAACCAAAGGAAUCUCUAAAUAAAACAAGUGUUCAAUUAAAGAAACAAUUGGACGCUGCUAUACAUGUGUUACCAUCAUCUGAUCUCAAAGCUUCUACACAUAAGACACGAAAAAGAGUCAUCAAAAAUGAUAUCACCGACACUUUAAACUCAGUUCAGUCUAAAAGAAAUGCUAAAUUAAAGUGUACUUUUUGUGACAGGAGUUUUAAUAAAAACUUUGAUUUACAACAACAUAUUAGAUGUCAUACCGGAGAGAAACCAUUUCAAUGCAUUGUUUGUGGCAGAGCUUUCGCUCAAAAGAGUAAUGUUAAGAAACACAUGCAAACUCAUAAGGUAUGGCCCGAUGGGUUGGCGCACACAUUACCUCCACAGUCAUCCAUUAUUUCAAAUGAUGUUCCCAAAGAAAUUGUAGAAACUAUUAUUGACGACAAACUAAUUGAUAUUAAUUCUAUAGAUAGUAGUUAUGUUUGUCCUUAUUGUGCAUAUAAUGGCAAAACUUAUUUUGAACUUAAAAGUCAUAUGAAAUCACAUAAAAGAGAAAAAGUUUACAAAUGUAUUCAGUCUUCAUGUGGUGUAAUGUUUUCAGAGUUGGAACCGUUUUUAGGUCACAUUCAGACACAUGAAACAGAAAUGACUUAUCGAUGUCAUCAAUGCAACAAAACUUUUAGUUCACUAUAUGAUCUCGGAUUACAUCAAUAUUCACACUCUCUAUAUCCCAAUCAGGGUUCACGAACGGGUCAAAGAUAUUUUCGAUGUCAAAAAUGUCUUAAUAAGUACACAACACCAGCAGCACUUGAGCACCAUUUAGCCACAUCCAGUCAUCACUAUCCCUGUCAAAACUGCAACAAAGUGUUUCCCUGCGAACGUUAUUUAAGACGCCAUUUACUAACACAUGGAUCAGGUCUUUAUAUUUGCCAAUAUUGUGAUAAAACAUUCAAAACAGCCAACUAUUUGAAAGUGCAUUUAGUCAUACAUACCGGAGAAAAGCCGUUUGCAUGCAAUCAAUGUGACGCUGCAUUCAAUCGGAGAGAUAAGCUUAAGCGCCAUAAACUGGUUCACGAUCCCAUCAAACGAUUUAAGUGUCCGUUUAAAGCACAUACCGGUUGUCCAAAAGAAUUUAAUAGACCAGACAAACUAAAGGCUCAUAUAUUAACCCAUAGCGGUAUUAAACCACAUCAGUGUAAUGUAUGUUUGCGUUCAUUUUCACGUCGAGCACAUCUACGAGAGCAUCAAAAGGCUCACGAAAGCAAUCCAAACAUCAUUAAUACUACGAAUGUCACCACCACUACUGCAACACCAACCAUAACAACUGCCACCACAACAACUAAUACAGAUCUGAAUAAAACAGAUUUUAUAACUUUGUUUGAUUGUCAAAGUUGUGGCAAUUUAUUUGCUUCAGAGCAGGAUUUGAGGCAACAUUCUUGUACAACAAAUACAACAACCAAUACAAACAUUGCUAUAAAACAUAAAAAGAUUUCUAAGACAAACAUUAAAUCACUCAAAAAAGCAACAAAUAUAAGAUCAAUAACUACGAGUGCAACUCCUGUUACUACAACGGGUAUAUUAUCAACAAAAUGUAAAACAAAGUCAUCUAAUGUUAACACAACACUUACCACUGCUGUAUUGGGCGACUCAUCUGAACAAAUGGCUUCCAAAGACUCAUCAAACAGUGAAUUCACGUUUCAUUUUCAAGACGGAUUAGUCGAUGACAACAUACCGACCGCUCACAUAGAGAUUAUUACAACACCUGUUGAUAUCGGAAGCUCUUUUCCUCCAAUUGUCACAAUUGAUGGCAUUCAAUAUCCAACGAUUCCUAUUCUAACAAAUUCUAUUGGAAGUGAUUGUGAUGACAGUGAAAACAACGACAGUAAGGAAGAAAUGUCAACCAAAGUAUUGUUGACUACAUUACCAUCUCUUAAAUAAUUAAAUAUUGAUCCCAACUCU